CUAUGGUGGCUGAUUACUUGAUUAGUUGAUAGUUUGAACCACAGAGAAUAAUAAUUAUUGUCGAACGUUUAUGUGUAAAACAGUAAUAAAAACAGGUUUUGUGAUUUUUAUGUUCAGUGUGAAUGAGAUUUACAAUAAUUUUACAAUGAAUAAAUAGCAACUUAGAAUAAAGUCUUUUGUGCUAUGUGACAUUAAUAUGUGAAACUGAUGAGUGUUGAAUUCGAUGUUCUUUUUUCGGUACAUCAUCAAACAUGUUAAGAUUUCUGAGUCGAAAAGGUCGAUCGUCUAGCCAGACGCGCAAGAAACAAAGUCAAAAAUCAUCAACCAAUAAAAAUUUGAUUCAAUGCAAGGUAAUGUUACUUGACGAUACCGAUUUAACUAUAAAUCUUACUAAAAAAGCUAGUGCCGCCGAUUUGUAUGAACAAGUGUUUUACUCACUGGAUUUAAUAGAAAAAGAUUAUUUUGGAUUACAAUUCACAGAUACUAAUAAUGUGCAACACUGGCUAGAUCCAACAAAAACCAUUAAAAAGCAAGUGAAAAUCGGACCGCCCUACACAUUGAGGUUAAAAGUUAAAUUUUAUUCAUCUGAACCUAACAAUCUUAGAGAAGAACUGACAAGAUAUCAGUUUUUCUUACAAUUAAAAAAAGAUAUUUUAGAGAGCAAGUUAGAAUGCCCACAUACAACAGCUGUAGAAUUGGCUGCACUGGCACUACAAUCAGAGUUGGGUGAUUAUGAUGAAACCAUUCACACACCAGCCACAGUGUCAGAAUUCCGUUUUGUGCCUAACCAAACUGAAGAGAUGGAAAUUGAAAUAUUAGAAGAGUAUAAGAAAUAUAAAGGUCUUACACCUGCACAAGCAGAAGUAAACUAUCUUAAUAAAGUUAAAUGGCUGGAAAUGUAUGGGGUGGACAUGCACAUAGUUCUGGGAAAAGAUGGCUGCGAGUAUCAUUUAGGGUUAACACCGACAGGAAUACUUGUUUUUGAAGGUCCCCAAAAAAUCGGAUUAUUCUUUUGGCCGAAAAUUACAAAAUUAAAUUUCAAAAAGAAAAAGUUAACCUUAGUAGUAGUAGAAGAUGAUGACCAAGGGCGUGAACAAGAACACACAUUCGUGUUUCGUCUACACAACGAAAAAGCUUGCAAACAUCUUUGGAAGUGUGCUGUUCAAUACCACACAUUCUUUCGCUUACGUGCUCCAGUUAAAGGCCCAUCGGCUAGGCAAAACUUCUUUAGGAUGGGAUCAAGGUUUCAAUAUUCAGGAAAAACCGAAUACCAAACAACUCAACAAAAUCGUGCGCGUCGAACAGUUCAAUUUGAAAGACGACCGAGCCAACGUUUUGCUCGUAGACAAAGUCAUGUUUUGCGAGAAAGAGAAAAACAAAUUGUAACCGCUAAACCUGAAAGUACUCCACAAGUUGAAACUUCUGAAAUAGCCCCGAGUACUUCUGUUGAGGAAACUUCAACACUAAGCACGAAUGAGAACCCUGUUAUUACAACAACUGAAACUGCUCUUGAGCCUUUAACUAGAAAAGAUAGUGCCAAAUCUCAAAAGUCUACAGACGAAAAAGAAGAAAACACAGAUGAAAAAAACCCUGAGGUUGAACCUUGGUUAUAUACAUUGGUCUUUAGACACUGCCGAAGUUUAGAUUUAAAAACUUCUGCGAGUUUUCAGAAAACGGCCAACCCGAUUUGGAUACGUCCGGCGAUCUCUUUUACUUUUGAGUCUGUUGCGAAUGACAAACAAUCCAAGAUAGAUAUACCUACUUAAUAUAAUAUUUGUCUUUAAAUUAUAAUUUCAAUUGUAAAUAUUAAUUCAUGGAAAUAUGUAUAUUAUACAUAUUAUUAGUUUACGGAAAGUUUGUGGCCUAAUGAUGAGGCCGUGAGUUAGGAGUGAGCAUUAAAAUGUGCAACAUUAUAACAAAAUGUAUUAUAAUAGGGAUCUCAGUCCUAAACCUUGUAUCAGAAUUGUGUAAGCUUAAGUAAAAAAUACACAACAUCUAUUGGAAUUAGGUCAUUUGAUGGUUUCGUAAUGAAUUGAAAUUUAAUUAUUAUAUUAUUAUUUAGAAUUAUUGCCUAUUAACCUGAUAAAAAACAAUACUCAUAAUACCUGUUGACAACGUAAUAAGUAUUCGUUGAAUCACAACACAGGAUUACUAAAUAUUCGCCACAGCAUUGAAUAUGACGUCAAAUCGGACGGUGGUUAAUCACACUUACUUUUUAAUUAUAAUAAUAAACAUUGAUGUGCUGUUAUUAGUACAGUGUGUUAAAAAUGAUUUCUCGAACAAUACCUAGCAAAUAAAAAUCUCAGGUUUGUUAGGACUGAUUUUCAAGCAACAAAUGGUCACUAGUCCCUGGCGGAAAGGUGUCUCCAUUUAAAGAUGUCUAUUGAGCUCUAUUCAAUGUUAUUACAAACAAUGUUUUCCGUCUAAUAGUUAUGCCCGAUUUUAAUCGAAAUGAAUGGUGCAUUUUAAACAGAUCAUUACCGUAAAGGACUUUCGCUAUAGAUUAUAGAGAGAUGCGAGAUGAUUUCUACACAAGACUUUGUUGCAAGUUAUAUAAUAGUGUUUCAAAAGCACUUUGUUGUAAAUUUUGAGAUAUCGAUGCCUACUACAAUUUAAGACAAUUAAUUUAUUCGUUGUGGUAAAUGCAGGACGGUAAAUGAGUACAAGAUUACCUUCUUAAACUAAAAGAAUAUCUUCUAAUAGUUCUAUCAGGAAUCAAAUAUUAUAUAUUAUUAUUAUAUUCCAUUUAAUCAUUACUAUUCUAUUUAAAUUGAUUGCGGCAAACUUCUAGUAUGUACCUAUAUUUGAAAUAAGUUCGGUUAAUCAAAUUUAAAUAAUAUUGACGUUCUCCUAUAUAUUUAUUUUCCAACUGAGACUGUGGUUCAAAUGUACGAACUUUUCUAGAGCAUAGAGGUACUUAAGGAUCUUAUCGUAUUAUGAUUUUGAUGUCUAUGAAGUAGCUGAGAAACUCGCGAUGCAGAGAUUAUCACGAGUUUAUCAAAAUUUUUAUCUAGAAAAUUCCGGUUGAACCGUGUCAAGAUCUAAAUUACUUGUACUGUCAUCACAUAGACACAAUACCUUAAAGUAUCCAACCAGAGCUAUGUUAUUUCACGACAUCAUAAAAUUCA